UCUCCUCUCCUCGGCUUUCCUUCAUGAAUAAAUAAAAAAGUCGGUCUAACCUCUUAUUUUCUUUCGCGAGUCAACUCGACUUCCAGCGCACUUUUCUGCUCAAUGGGUUUGUGGGUGUGACGGGUUUUGCUUGUAACUUGGCGCUGAUAAAGAAGGGAAAGAAAAAGUUGAACAACUAUGACGGGCGUAGUUUAAAAAAACGACCACGAUGGCCGUCUGGACGAGAGCUGAUAAGAACGGACUUCUGGACCUUCUGCUCCGGGACCGCUGGAUUAGGGUCCUGGCAGAACUCACCCGUGAGACCCUAACUUUGACAGCGGAUGCCGAGCCCAUCGGACCGGGCGGCAGUGCGGAUUACAGCCCCUCGCCGGGCCUGUGGAACGGGCUGUCGAACGGGACCGAGUCGGGCGGUCCGACCCGGACGCAGAGCCAGCACCCGAACCACGGCGCGCUGAGACGCACCGGGAGCCCGGCGGGCGGCGGGGUCAGUCGGGCUCAGACCGACACGGGCUACGCUUUCGGCAGCCCGGGCUCGGGCAGGAUCGCUCAAGAUAACGGCACCAGCUCCGACCUGGGCAGCCCCGGCUCCAGUUACGGCAGCCCCGGCUCAAGCUUCAGCAGCACCGGACCCCUGAGGCUGGGCGAUACCCACCCCGGCUUGGAAAGUGCCGGCUCCGAGGCGGUGCGGAGAGUGCGAGUGGUGAAACAGGAGUCCGGCGGGCUCGGCAUCAGCAUCAAGGGGGGACGGGAGAACCGCAUGCCCAUUCUCAUCUCCAAGAUCUUCCCCGGGCUCGCCGCAGACCAGAGCCGGGCGCUGCGGGUCGGCGAUGCCAUCCUGUCGGUCAACGGCAACGACCUGCGGGAAGCCACGCACGAUCAGGCCGUGCAGGCGCUGAAAAAGGCCGGCAAGGAGGUGACUCUGGAAGUGAAAUACAUCAAAGAGGUCACCCCACUGUUUAAGAAGCCCUCUCUGGUGGCAGACCUGGCCUGGGACGGCGUGCCGCCCCAGUCGCCCAGCCUGAGCGGCAGCGAGGACUCGGGCUCCCCCAAGCACUGCGCCAGCUCCAAGGACAGGAAGGUCAUCCCCCUGAAGAUGUGCUUUAUCAGCCGCAACCUCACCAUGCCCGACCUGGAGAGCAGGCUGAUCGAGCUGCAUUCCCCGGACGGCAGGAACACGCUGGUCCUGCGCUGCCAGGAUGCCCCCACGGCGCACUCCUGGUUCACCGCCAUCCACGCCAACAUCGCCGCCCUGCUGCCGCAGGUCCUGGCCCAGCUCGGCUCCACGCUGGGCUCCAGCAGCGCCAGCAGCCACCGCGAGGUCAAGCACAUCGGCUGGCUGGCCGAGCAGAUCAAGCUGGACGGAGGGCGGCACCAGUUCCGGCCGGUGGUCAUGGCCCUGACGGAGAAGGACAUCCUGCUGUACGACAGCGUGCCCUGGACGCGAGAGGCCUGGGCAGCCCCAUGCCAGAGCCACCCCCUGCUGGCCACCAGGCUGGUCCACUCGGGCAGCGCCAGGAGCUCACCCGCCCUCGGCUCGGAGCUGGUGUUCGCCACGCGCACGGGCACCCGGCAGGGCAUCGAGGCGCACCUCUUCCGGGUGGAGACGCACUGGGACCUGUCCUCCUGGACCCGGAUGCUGGUGCAAGGCUGUCACAGCGCUGCCGAGCUGAUCAAGGAGGUCUCCAUAGCUUGCACGCUGAACGGACAAGAUGUCCGGCUCUCGAUUCAUUACGAGAAUGGAUUCACCAUCACCAGGGAAGGGGCCGGUCCGGGGAGCACCACUGUCCUGUACCGCUAUCCCUUCGAAAAGCUCAAGAUGUCCGGGGACGAUGGGAUCAGGAGCCUCUUCCUGGACUUCGGAGGACCAGAAGGAGAGAUGGUGCUGGAUCUUCAUUCUGGCCCCAAACCAGUUGUCUUCGUUCUGCAUUCUUUCCUGUCGGCCAAAGUGACGCGCAUGGGACUGCUGGCGUGACCGGGGGUAGCGGCUCCACCCGGAAGGGAGAAGGCGGCGGGAUUCCGUUUUUUGUCCUCUCCGCUCCCGCUCUC